AUGGACAGACUGGCCAUAAGGACAGGACAAAUCCCGCUUGGCCGAUCCCUGCUCCUUGUGUCCUGUCGGCAGGCCGCCCAGCACAAUCUGAUCUCCUGUCGACAGACCAUCCGGCAUCCUCAUCAGAUCUACUCCUUGCCUGACCAGCGCUGCCGUCUGCCCCUGCCUCCGGACUCAACUCGGUUGCCAGUCUCUCUGGUCUCCUGGCUGGUCUCCGCACUUUCCCCGGAACAUCGGCCCGGCACCCUGGCCAACCCGGACUUGCUCCCCCCUUGUCACCCGGGCCCGGUUCUUAUUCCCUCAUCCAACUCUAUUACUGUGUUCAUUUACAUCCUGCUGUUCUUCAUCUCUGUGCUGACUGCUGCUCUCAACCUGCUGGUCAUCAUCUCCAUCUCCCACUACAGGCAGCUCCACUCCCCCACCAACCUCCUCCUCCUCUCUCUGGCGGUCUCAGACUUCUUUGUGGGCCUCCUGGUGAUCCCAAUUGAGACCCUCAAGACAGGGUUCUGCUGGGUCCUGGUUUUCUACAGCAUCUUCCUUUCAUAUGAUCACCUGAAACAACCAGGCCGGUAUAAUUCCUGCUAUGGAGAGUGUCUGGUUAACGUUGCAGGAGAUGUGGACCUCGUUGUUGCCUUCAUCAUUCCUAUUACAGUCAUUGUAGCUCUGUAUAUGAGAGUGUUUGUGGUGGCAGUGUCUCAGGCUCGUGCCAUGCGCUCUCAUGUUAGAACCGUCACAGUCCAGAAUACAGUGACUCUGACGACAAAGAAGUCUGAGCUGAAAGCAGCCAGGACUCUUGGUGUUGUUGUAGCUGUGUUUCUGAUUUGCUACUCUCCAUACUAUUGUCUCACACUCACAGGUGGCAACAUCUUAAUUGGUUCUCCAAUUGAGGCCUUUAUGAGUUUUCUGGUGUAUUUCAACUCCUGUCUGAACCCUGUCAUCUACGCCUUCUUCUACCCCUGGUUUAGAAAAGCUGUAAAACACAUUGUCACUCUUCAGAUCCUGCAGCCUGGCUCCUGUGAUGCAAACGUACUGUAG